AUGGCUAGCCAUCCGAGCUCCUCAGCCCCGCCACUCCCCAAACAUGGAAACGUGCACAACGCUCCAGGCCCUCUAGGAAGCCGCUACAACGAUUCGCCCACUAGCCUGGAGAUCCAGCUCGUUUGCCCGGGGAUUCGGGAGAAGAAUUUCAUGAGAAAAGGGAACACGGAUGUCCAUUUGAGAAAUGACCAUAUCAGCAUGAGCGUCAACGUUGAGAUUUACAAUCAAGAUAAACGCACGAAGGUGAAGACAGUGCUGGAGAGGAGAUAUUUUGAGAUUGACAAGUUCCCGGGUGAGAUAGCCGAUGUCGGAUACAAAUUGAAGAAGGAUUGUGUCGUGCUGAGCGUCCGGAAAAAGAUCCCUGCCAACUGGGAGGCUCAAAUCAGUAGCCAGGGUUUC